GAGUUUCAUUUGUUCUACGUACAUGCAUUUUUGAUGCGCCUUAUGGUAUUCACCCGCGAGUGAUCGACUGAUCCCAAGCGAAUCUCAGUGGAAACCCCAUAAUGCAUCCCUAAUUCACAAUGCAGCAUCGAAUAUAGAGUACUGCAGCCAAAAAGCCUGCAUAUUUCUGCUAAUUCAAUUGAAUAUCAGCGAGAGAAUAGUAAUACUGGAGAAGAUAUUGGAGUAGUAUAGAUGAUGAUAAGAUCGUACACGAACCUUUUAGACUUGGCUACAGGGAAUUUCCCUGUAAUGAAGGGGGAGGGGGAGGGGGAGGGGCAUCGGGAAGGUAGACGAUUGGGGGCAAUGUCGGUUCCGAAUGAUGUGUUUAAUUUUGAUGAUCAAGAGCCUCAGAGUGCCAGGUCUGGUAAUCAAUCUUCACUGGGUAGUGAUAGGAUGAUUAUUGUGGCUAAUAUAUUGCCCUUGAAAGCAACAAGAAGUCCUGAUGAUAGAGGAUGGAUCUUUAGUUGGAAUGAGGACUCGGUACUGUUGCGGCUUAAGGAUGGGUUACCGGAAGAUAUGGUGGUGCAAUAUGUUGGGUGUUUAUGUGUUGAUGUUGAGCCAAUUGAUCAGGAUGAUGUUGCUCACUAUCUUCUGGAAAAGUUCAAGUGCAUCCCUACUUUCCUUUCACCUAAGAUUCUGGAGAAGUACUAUGAGGGGUUCUGCAAGAAACAUUUAUGGCCACUUUUUCACUACAUGUUGCCAUUUUCACCUGAGCAUGGAAGCCGCUUUGAUCGUUGUCUGUGGGAAGCUUAUGUUUCUGUCAAUAAGACGUUUUCACAAAAAGUAGUUGAGGUUCUUAAUCCUGAUUAUGAUUUUGUUUGGAUCCAUGAUUACCAUUUGAUGGUGUUGCCCACAUUCUUGAGGAGGCGGUUCAACCGACUAAGAAUGGGAUUUUUCUUUCACAGCACAUUUCCUUCUUCUGAGAUUUACAGGGCACUUCCUGUUAGAGAAGAGAUACUAAAGGCUCUGCUCUGUUCGGACCUCAUCGGCUUCCACAAUUUUGAUUAUGCACGACAUUUCCUCUCUUGUUGCAGCCGGAUGCUAGGUGUAGAGUAUCAGUCAAAAAGGGGUUAUAUAGGUUUGGAGUACUACGGUAGGACUGUAACUAUAAAGAUUAUGCCUGUUGGGAUUCAUAUGGGACAUAUUGAGUCACUGAUGAGACUCUCAGAUAAAGAAAUGAAAUUCAAGGAGCUGAGGGAGCAAUUUGAAGGAAAAACUGUGUUACUUGGAGUUGAUGACAUGGAUAUUUUCAAAGGUAUCAACUUAAAGCUUCUAGCUAUCGAACACAUGCUCAAAGAACAUCCAAAUUGGCAAGGAAAGGCUGUGCUGGUCCAGAUUGCAACUCCUGCAAGAGGAAAAGGGAUUAAUUUGGAACAGAUAGAGAAUGAAAUUCAGGAAAGCUGCAAGAGAAUUAGAAAAGAAUUUGGCAAACCCGGUUAUGAACCUAUUAUUUUUAUUGAUACACCUAUAUCAAGCAGUGAAAAAAUGGCUUAUUAUAGUAUUGCAGAAUGUCUUGUCACUACACCAGUAAGGGAUGGGAUGAACCUGAAACCAUAUGAAUACAUUGUGUGUAGACAGGGUAUACCCAGUGCUGAAGCAGACUCAGAUUUGGGUGGACCCAAGAAGAGCAUGCUAGUAUUAUCAGAAUUUAUUGGGUGUUCUCCUUCACUGAGUGGGGCAAUCCGUGUCAACCCAUGGAACGUUGAAGCUACUGCUGAGGCAAUGAAUGAGGCUCUAUCAAUGGCUGAACCAGAGAAGCAGCUGCGACACGAGAAGCAUUAUCGCUAUGUCAGCACUCAUGAUGUGGCUUAUUGGUCAAGAAGUUUCUUGCAAGAUUUGGAGAAAACAUGUGUUGAUCACUUUACGAAAAGAUGCUAUGGUAUUGGGUUGGGCUUUGGAUUCAGAGUUGUAGCCUUAGAUCCCAACUUCAGAAAGCUUUCAAUAGAGGAGAUUGUGUCAGCUUAUUUUAAGGCUAAGAACAGGGCAAUAUUACUAGACUAUGAUGGAACUGUUAUUCCUCAAAGUUCUAUCAUCAAGUCGCCUAGUGCACAAGUCUUGACCGUUUUAAACAAAAUCUGCAGUGAUAAGAAAAAUACUGUCUUUAUAGUUAGUGGAAGAGGAAGGGACAACUUAAGCAGUUGGUGUUCACCUUGUCAGAAGCUGGGGCUUGCAGCAGAACAUGGUUACUUCAUGAGGUGGUCACAAGAUCAUGAAUGGGAACAGACCAGUCAGAACUCUGAUUUUGGAUGGAUGCAGCUUGCUGAACCUGUCAUGCAAUCCUAUACUGAUGCUACAGAUGGUUCUUGCAUUGAAAAGAAGGAAAGUGCUAUUGUGUGGCAGUAUAGUGAUGCAGACCCUAGUUUUGGUUAUUCUCAGGCCAAGGAGAUGCUUGAUCAUCUAGAGAGUGUUUUAUCACAUGAACCUGUUGCUGUGAAAAGUGGACGGUCCAUUGUAGAACUCAAGCCUCAGGGAGUCAACAAAGGCUUGGUUGCUGAAAAGAUAUUCACAUCUAUGGCAGAAGGAGGGAAACUGGCAGAUUUUGUGCUUUGCAUUGGUGAUGACAGAUCCGAUGAAGAUAUGUUUGAAAUAAUUGGCAGUGCUCUCUCUAGAAAUAUCCUCUCUCAAAAUACAAAGGUUUUUGCCUGCACUGUUGGGCAAAAGCCGAGCAAAGCCAAAUACUAUUUGGAUGAUCCGUCUGAGGUGAUACUCAUGCUUGAAUCUCUAGCUGAAACGAGUGAUACCCCUGCCGAUUCUGACGAAGAAGCUGAUAAUCCAGCUUGAAUGUUUUAGGAAUUUCGUUCCUUGCUUAAUCCAAGCCCCUGUUAAAUAAUAAAUAAUCCAGGUUGGAGGAUAACAUAUUUCUUAAUUCUUAUAGGAAAAUAGAUUUCAGGCUUGAGAAAGGGUAACAUAGCUGUCUUUUCCACUCAUUCUUUCCUCUGCUCUUGGAUCUAUUCAUGGCCGAGAAGGGAGAAGCGAAUUUUUCAUUGAGAGUUUCAAGAGACUUUUAUGGAGAUAUCGACAAGCCAUCAAAUGGAAGGGGCAGUUGAGGACAGAACUGCUACUGAUUGAUAAAACAGAACGUCGAAAGAUUGCUAGCGAGUAGCGAUGCAGAAAUCAUAUGCCAGAAUUAUGCACAGAGGUUCAUAUUUUGCUGCAGCUUUCUAACAUCCUUAUUCCAUGAGGGCUUGGUUCAAUGCCUUGAGAUUUCCAAAGUUUGAAGAAGUUUUCUUGUGAGUAGGAAGUUUAUUAUCUGUAAUUUGGGGUAGGGGAGAGCACCUGCAGCUAUCCAUAGAAGAGGAAAUACCUUCACCUUGUACAUUGAACACUUAGAUAAAUAACCAUUUUAUUAAUGCAAUUUCAUUUGAACCCCUUUUACUUUGCAUAGCAGACAAUUUGGAUCUCUUUCACUCUUCAUGUCUCACAGCAGGUUGAUGAGUCCCACAUCAGUUAUUGAUGAAAAGUUUUAGA